GCGUCACAGGUCCUGAUAGGGAAAAAGUAGGCAGGUCCUGGCAGGGGAGAGCUGUGGCCGCGGCAUCUCGGCUCCAGGCGGCUCCAGCGGGAUGGAGUCUCGAGUCACGGACUCCGGGGCCGGCCAGGAUGAGCGCGGCGCGGGCGAAGGCCGGGCGAGCAGCGGCGCCUCUCGGGGACCUGCAGCCUCGGCGCCCUUGGGUGCCGCCCGGUGGAAGCUCCUGCGGCAGGUUUUGAAACAGAAACACCUGGAUGAUUGUCUACGACAUAUAUCUGUAAGAAGAUUUGAAUCAUUUAAUCUGUUUUCAGUAACAGAAAUCAAAAAAAGGGAAACUGAAGAGGAAGUUGGUGCCUGGGUUCAAUAUACAAGCAUCUUCUAUCCUGAAUACAGUAUCUCCUUAAGGCAUAAUAGUGGAUCUUUGAAUGUUGAAGAUGUUCUCACCAGCUUUGACAAUACAGGAAAUGUUUGCAUCUGGCCGGCUGAAGAGGUUUUGGCUUACUACUGCCUCAAGCACAGUGAUGUAUUCAGGGACCUUGCUGUGUGUGAGCUAGGGGGUGGCAUGACAUGCUUGGCUGGGCUCAUGGUUGCUAUUUCUGCAGAUGUCAAAGAAGUUCUGUUAACUGAUGGGAAUGAAAAGGCCAUCAGAAAUGUGAGAGACAUCAUCACAAGGAAUCAGAAGGCUGGUGUGUUUAAGACUGGGACCGUAUCAAGCUGCGUUUUACGAUGGGAUAAUGAGACAGAUGUCUCUCAACUGGAAGGACAUUUUGACAUUGUUAUGUGUGCUGACUGCCUGUUUCUGGACCAGUACAGAGCCAGCCUUGUUGAUGCAAUAAAGAGAUUACUCCAGCCCAGGGGGAAAGCAAUGGUAUUCGCCCCACGCCGAGGGAAUACUUUAAACCAGUUUUGCAAUCUAGCUGAAAAAGCUGGAUUCUCUAUCCAAAGACAUGAAAAUUAUGAUGAACACAUUUCAAACUUCCACUCCAAGUUGAAAAAGGAAAACCAGGAUAUAUAUGAAGAAAACCUUCAUUACCCACUUCUGCUUAUUUUAACCAAAGAUGAAUAGAAGACUAAGCUGCUCGGAAGACGAAGAAAACAUCACGUACACAGGCAAUAUUUUCACAAAAGCAGAAAUCUGUAGUGGGUAUAAUAUGCAGGAAGUUGUUGGCUCCCGGGGCUUUUCAAGCCCCCAGGACACGGGCCCCCACUGCCUCCGCUCCAUCCCACAUGUGGGUUACCAGGUCCACCUGUCCUCAUCCACGUGAUUCCCCGGCCGUCCUGGACGCCUCUUUUUCCCAUCUGCUUGUUGCUCUUCCUGCACCAAACCUUUGUCUUUAAAUAUGUACAAGUGGCCCGUGUGAGGUCUGAAUUGGACUUGUGAGCCACCCAAGGAUGUUUCCCGCUCAUUAAGACACAAUUUCUUUUGGUGAUUCACACCCCAUCCCCCCCCCCGCCCCCCUUUAGGAAACAUCUUUGUCUUCGUUCUCUUUUAGUGGUGGUCAUUUUUCAUGUGCCAACCCGGCACACAUCAUGGUUCCUUCCUGGUUAAAAAAAUAAAUAAAGCACAUCUU